GGCCAGGCUGGGAGGGACGAGAGGGGGCGGGCCCGGCUGCGUUCGCCUAGCCGGCACUCGGGAGCAGCGGGCGUCCGAACCCCAGACCAGAGCUCGGCGACUCCGAUCGUGACACUGGCCCCGGCACGCUUCCUCGGGGCCCCGCCUCGGGAGCAGCCCCUGCUUGCAGCCUCGGGUCCUCCCCAGAAUCCCAGACUCCAAGCUACGAGCAGACGCGGGCUGCGGGGAAGCGAGGUCCCCAGACCCGAGAGGACACGCACGACGCUGGGAGAGAGCUGCUAGCUGCAGGGCCACCACAGGGGCCUCAGGGGCGCAGACCUGCAGAGCUGGAGGCCGGCGGGAAGGUUGGCUGCUGGAGGAAACGUGCAGAGUAAAUGAAGAGAACAAACUUGAAUAACUCCUUCCAGAAGAAAAGGGAAGCAAACUUGGCUGCAGACCCCGAGUCUUGCAAAAGCUGCAGCCCCGCCUCAGAGCAGGGUGGCAGCCGAGGCAAUGGUGGGAGUUCUGAAGAUACCUCAUGGCUACUGAGGACACUGCUGGGUCAGGGAGCAGAGUGGCGGGCAUGGUGUGCAGUCUGUGGGUCCUCGUUCUGGGGCCCUCGGUUCUGGCUCUGGAAGAAGUACUGCUGGAUACCACAGGAGAGACCUCUGAGAUUGGCUGGCUCACCUACCCACCAGGUGGGUGGGACGAAGUGAGUGUCCUAGAUGACCAGCGCCGUCUGACUCGGACCUUCGAAGCAUGCCACGUGGCAGGGGUCCCUCCAGGUGCCGGACAGGACAAUUGGCUGCAGACACACUUUGUGGAGCGGCGAGGGGCGCAGAGGGCACACAUCCGCCUUCACUUCUCUGUUCGAGCAUGUUCCAGCCUGGGUGUCAGUGGGGGUACCUGCCGGGAGACCUUCACCCUUUACUACCGGCAGGCUGAGGAGCCUGACAGCCCCGACAGCAUUUCAGCCUGGCACCUCAAACGCUGGACCAAAGUGGACACGAUUGCAGCCGAUGAGAGCUUCCCUGCCGCCGCCUCCUCCUCCUCUUCCUCAUGGGCUGUGGGACCCCACAGGACUGGUCAGCGGGUGGGGCUUCAGCUGAAUGUCAAGGAACGCAGCUUUGGUCCUCUCACUCAGCGCGGCUUCUAUGUGGCCUUCCAGGACACAGGGGCCUGCCUGGCCCUUGUGGCAGUCAAGCUGUUCUCCUACACCUGUCCCUCGGUCCUGCGGGCCUUUGCCUCCUUUCCUGAGACGCAGGCCAGUGGAGCUGGAGGCGCCUCCCUGGUGGCAGCCGUGGGGACCUGUGUAGCUCAUGCAGAACCAGAGGAGGAUGGAGUUGGAGGCCAGGCAGGGGGCAGCCCCCCACGGUUACACUGCAAUGGGGAAGGCAGGUGGAUGGUAGCUGUGGGUGGCUGCCGCUGCCAGCCUGGUCACCAGCCUGCCCGUGGAGACAAGCUCUGCCAAGCCUGCCCUGAAGGGUCCUAUAAGGCCCUGGCUGGGAACGUCCCUUGCUCAGCAUGUCCGGCCCGCAGCCACUCCCCUGACCCUGCAGCCCCAGUAUGCCCUUGUCUCCAGGGCUUCUACAGGGCCAGUUCUGACCCCCCAGAGGCUCCAUGCACUGGCCCUCCGUCUGCUCCCAGGGAGCUUUGGUUUGAGGUGCAAGGCUCAGCACUCAUGCUGCACUGGCGCUUGCCCCACGAGCUGGGCGGACGAGGGGACCUGCUCUUCAAUGUUGUGUGCAAAGAGUGUGGAGGCCACCGGGAGCCCAGCAGUGGGGGGACCUGUCGUCGCUGCAGGGAUGAGGUGCAUUUCGACCCCCGCCAGAGGGGCUUGACGGAGAGUCGAGUGUUAGUUGGGGGGCUUCGAGCACAUGUGCCAUACAUCUUGGAAGUGCAGGCUGUCAAUGGGGUGUCUGAGCUCAGCCCUGACCCUCCCCAGGCAGCAGCCAUCAAUGUCAGCACCAGCCAUGAAGUCCCUUCGGCAGUUCCUGUGAUGCACCAGGUGAGCCGGGCAGCCAACAGCAUCACAGUGUCCUGGCCACAGCCUGAGCAAACAAAUGGGAACAUCCUCGACUACCAGCUGCGAUACUAUGACCAGGCAGAAGACGAAUCCCACUCCUUCACCAUGACCAGUGAGACUAAUACUGCCACUGUGACACAGUUGAGCCCAGGCCACAUCUAUGGCUUCCAGGUGCGGGCACGGACUGCAGCUGGCCAUGGUCCCUAUGGGGGCAAAGUCUAUUUCCAGACCCUGCCUCAAGGUGAGCUGCCCUCCCAGCUUCCAGAGAAGCUUUCCUUGGUGAUUGGGUCCAUCCUGGGGGCCUUGGCCUUCCUUCUACUGGCAGCCAUCACUGUACUGGCUGUCAUCUUCCAGCGGAAACGGCGUGGGACCGGCUACACAGAACAGCUGCAGCAGUACAGCAGCCCAGGGCUUGGAGUGAAGUAUUACAUUGACCCUUCCACAUAUGAGGACCCCUGCCAGGCUAUCAGAGAGCUUGCUCGGGAAGUUGACCCUACAUAUAUCAAGAUUGAGGAAGUCAUUGGGGCAGGUUCCUUUGGAGAAGUGCGUCGGGGCCGAUUACAACCCAGGGGAAGGCGGGAACAGGCUGUGGCUAUCCAGGCCCUGUGGGCAGGAGGUGCUGAGAGCCUGAAGAUGACCUUUCUGGGCCGAGCAGCACUGCUGGGCCAGUUCCAGCACCCCAAUAUCCUACGGCUGGAAGGUGUAGUCACCAAGAGCAGGCCUGUCAUGGUGCUGACGGAACUCAUGGAGCUUGGUCCCCUGGAUAGCUUCCUUAGGCAGCGGGAGGGUCAGUUCAGUAGCCUACAGCUGGUGGCCAUGCAGCGGGGUGUGGCUGCUGCCAUGCAGUACCUGUCCAGCUUUGCCUUUGUGCAUCGAGCACUCUCUGCCCGAAGUGUGCUGGUGAACAGCCACCUGGUGUGCAAGGUGGCCCGACUUGGUCACAGUCCUCAGGGUUCAAGUUCCUUGCUUCGCUGGGCAGCCCCAGAGGUCAUUACACAUGGGAAGUAUACAACAUCCAGCGAUGUCUGGAGCUUUGGAAUACUUAUGUGGGAAGUGAUGAGCUACGGAGAACGGCCCUACUGGGAUAUGAGUGAGCAGGAGGUACUAAAUGCAAUAGAGCAAGAGUUCCGGCUGCCUCCACCUCCAGGGUGCCCCACUGGACUACAUCUACUGAUGCUAGACACUUGGCAGAAGGACCGUGCCCGCCGGCCUCAUUUUGACCAGCUUGUGGCUGCAUUUGACAAGAUGAUCCGAAAGCCAGAUACCCUACAGGCUGAAGGGGGCUCCGGGGACAGGCCUUCCCAGGCUCUUCUGAACCCUGUGGCCUUGGCGUUUCCUUGCCUCGACUCUCCCCAGUCCUGGCUCUCAGCCAUUGGACUAGAGUGUUACAAGGAUAACUUCUCCAAGUUCGGCCUUUCCACCUUCAGUGAUGUGGCUCAGCUCAGCCUAGAAGACCUUCCAGGUCUGGGCAUCACCCUGGCUGGCCACCAGAAGAAAUUACUGCAUAACAUCCAGCUCCUCCAGCAGCACCUGAGGCAGCCAGGCUCAGUGGAGGUGUAAAGUCUGGUCGGGAAUCUUUGAGCCGCUGAAGCCCCAACCCAGUCCUGGACAUAGGGUGGAGGAAGUACGUGUGAGACUGAGCCAGGCUUUAUUCUGGCCUCCAUGCCUGUCGCAUUAAACCCAGCCCACUGGACACUGCAUCCCCAAACCCUGCCCUUCCAACAGCCUCCCCCAUAUUAAAGGGAAAGAAGGGAAUUUACAAGUUUAGGUGUGUCCAUGCCUCAGUCUGCAAGGAAGGGCUAGGGAGGCCUUGGGGAGGGGCAGAGCUGCAUGACAGGGUGGGCCGGUGGUUAAGUUCACUGAAACAUAAAGGGAGCUGGGUGGGGAUCCGGAAAUGACUUUAUUGAAGGUGGCAAGGCUCGUCCCAGCUUCCCCACCCCAUGACUGGUGCCUGUAUCUCUCCAUCACACACCUUCCCACAAGCUCAGUCUUCUCCAUCAACUGUCUGGAGCACUCUGGGAAGAGUCCUGUCCCCUCCUACUUACAAGAUGGCAAACCUGUCUUUAAAGUGCUCUGGUGUGCACUGGAGCUUCCAUGCCAGAACAAGGAAUGUUGGGUUAAGGCAAGGACCAGAGAGAGUCUUCUUCCCUUUGCCCCAAGCUGAAGGAGUUGUGGAGACCUGGAACAUUUAUUCCCAGUGUGCAUUCCUUAACAUGGUCCUCCCUCUACCCCCCUUGGACUCGGGGGAUGACUUCUACUUUUUAACUGGUUUUCUUUCAUUCUGUUGUGAUGCGUGGUGAGAGCUGACCUUCAGAUCUGGUACUCCCAGCCCUCCCCAUCUUCUAGGCCCCGGUUGACUAUCCCUUGAAGGUCCCUCCUCAGAGUCCCCCGUCGAAGCCUUUCCCAGUUGAUGCUGCUCUGGGAGGUGCUUCGAGACACUGAGGGUGUGGGAAAGGUCAGGUAGGCACCAAAGGAACGUGCCGUCUCCAGUUUUUCUCCUGAGUUUUUUUCCAAGUCCUCUGAGCAGAGGCCAUCGUGUUGCCGGAAGGCCUGUGCAUAGCGGCGGAUGCGUUGCCUGUUGAGAUCUUGCCUGUCUUCCACCCUGGAGGGAGUGGGAGGAGGGAUUCAGAGAACGUGGAACAGAAAAGAAGACCUAAGAUCAAAACUUCUCAUUCAGCCCCGCCAUUGUUGGAGGUUCUGUGCAGCCACUUUGCUGACACAGAGCACCAGCCCCCUCAGCCACUAGCUUUCAGGAAGCGGUAGGCUCUGAGGAAUCUUAGGAGCCCAAGCUCAAAAUGGGAGUCCCGUCCUCAAUAGCCACACUUGCGACAAUGAAGCAUGGGGUCUAGGAAGUGUACAGCCCUCCGUAUAGCUUCUAGAAACAAGAAGACACCAUGCAAAGUGACUGCUUAGGUAAUACCACUAAUGGACCAUGUCACUUACCGCAGGAACCACCGGUCCCCAAGUCCAUACUCGCGCCCACAGAUACCAGAGCGAGGCCACAGACAGCGAGGCAGCUUCCGCUCCAGCAUCACAGUGGUGGCUACAACCUGUAUUUCGGGACAGAAAGGGAAGUCAGAGAGGUUGGGUACAGCGGAGAAGGGCAGGGAGAAGAAAGGAAACCAGGCAGAAAGAAGACAAUUUAGUAACAAACUCUGGGGGUUAUGACGCUCUAAAAUGGAACCAAGACCCCAAACCAAGAUGUGGCAAGAACUUGGUAGAGCCCCUUCUGUGUGAGAGAGUGGAUGAGACUUGAGCCUCACAAUUCUUUACCCUAUGACUUGAAAGCCAUGGCAAAGCCAGGUGAAGUGUGGGUGGCCUGUAAGAGUUUCCCCCCAAGAGAGACCUUGACCAAAGGUAUAGGCAAGAGUGUAGAAGACAUAGAGGAGUUUCACAGGUCUCAGAAUGCUUUGAGCCUGCAUACAUAAGGUGAUUUAAAAAUAUAAACAUUCUGCUUGGAAACCUAAUAUCAACAUACUCUCAAAAUAUUUCUCCCAGCAAACCCUUCUUAGCCGGGUUAGGUUUCACUCCAUUUCCACACAUCACAGUUAAAUGCUUUCUAGGAUUUUAUAGUUCCAUUUUUAUUUUCCUUAAAUUAUUUUUGUUGAGAUACAUUCUUUUCCAGGUAUAUUUUUAAGUGAAGACUUGAUUCAUCACAUUGUCCUUUAUGCCCAUCAUAAUAUAACUUAACUGAAGAUAGCUUCUGCUGCUAAAGAAAGUGCUU